UAACUCCCAUAUUUAACCGCGGAAUCAUAUUCCUUAAGCGCGGUACUACAUCGUUUAUAGUGCUGGUUAUUUUUAUAUUAAAAAAGCUACAAGUAUGGGACUUCCAGAGACCCCUCGCAAGGCCGCUGACGCCGACAAGGUUAAGCAAGCCAAGAUCGCAGCCAACAGUGUUAAGAAGUCUACCACUGCCAAGGGCUACAAGAUCAGGCGCAACACUCACUUUUUCCGUGGUCGUACUCUAACUUUGCCAAAGUCUCCUAAGGUCAAGCGUCACCUAAUCACUGCUCAUUCUAAGAAGCUUGACAAGUUUUCCAUUAUUAAGUACCCUCUCACUACUGAGAAGUCUAUGAAGAUGAUUGAGGAGAUUAACACUCUUGUAUUCAUUGUUGAUUCUCGUGCCAACAAGGAGAAGAUUGCUAAGGCCGUGUCUGAGCUUUAUGAUGUUAAGUGUGUUCGCGUGAACACAUUGAACAGGCCUGACGGUCUCAAGAAGGCUUACGUCAGAUUGUCUCCUGACCAGGACGCUCUUGACGUCGCCAACAAGAUCGGUAUUAUCUGAUUUAACAAAUUGGAUAAUCUUUCUAUUCGCUGUAU